CCGUAGCCAAACGGUUCUCCCAGUGACCAGUCCCGACACGAAAACCCAUCAGCCAAAGCUUCUUCCUCUUCUUCAGGAACUGUUUCAGUUUUUUUUUCUCACGUCCUGUGUACCAUUUUAUGGUACCCAAAUAGGAAUAAUUAUAAACAAAAAAAAAAUUAAUUAAUAAUCCAUAGAAUGUUAUCUCAACAAAUUGUUCCGCUUUUCUUGGUGCUAAUUUUUGCCCAUGGAUUGCAAGGACAGAAGCAACAGCAGGAAGAUCCUUGCCAAUCGAAGGCGAGAGUCGUGGGUGAUAUUGAAUAUUGUGAUCGUUAUUGGGAAUGUGUGAGUGGACGUCCAGAGCUUUUUGAUUGUCCAAAUGGAUUAGUAUUCGCUGGCAAGCAUCGCGGCGUCACGGAGGGAUGUGACUAUCCUUGGAGGGCAAAUUAUUGUGACGAUAAACGUCAGGCGAAUCCGCCAAUUGGCGCCGAUCAUUGCGAUUGGCUCUAUGGUAUUUUCGGUCACGAGACAUCGUGCACAAGAUAUUGGACAUGCUGGAAUGGAACUGCCACCGAACAAUUGUGCAUUGGCGGGCUUCUUUACAAUGAGAGGGCACGAUCAUGCGAUUGGCCGGAAAAUGUCGAUGGUUGCCAGAAACAUCCUCUGUGCAAUAAGGACGCGAAUGGAAAUGUUCCAUUGGGAAAAUCGUGCAAUCGCUAUUGGCAAUGCCAAGGUGGCUAUCCACGUUUACAGAGAUGCCCGGCAAUGUUGGUAUUCGAUAGGCGAUCAUUGAGAUGCGUUGUCCCGCCAACGGAGGAUUGCGAUGUGCCAACAACACCGCCAACACUCGACGGCGAUUUGCCCGAUGACCUCAAUCAACAAGUGCCAGAGGAGGAAAAUCUCCCACCUGGAAUAGCGUCACUCCCCUCGGGAUCUCUACCCCUGCCCGUACGACCCCGCAAUAGAAAUUAAAUAUACCUCUAAUUAUUAAUUAUUAUUAUUAUUAAUUAUUAAUUAUUAAUUAUUAUUUUUAUUCGAAAAAUCGUUAUUUCCUACUGUAGCAGUGAAAACAAGAAUUUUUUUUCCUCUUCAAUCAAAUAUUUUUAUAGUCCAUAUGAUUCGA